CCUUAUUUUUCCUCCCACACAUACAUGGUCAUGGUCAUGGCGAUGGCACAGCACCGAUAAGAUCGUUCGCAUACAAUCUAGUUUUGAUGAUCAUUAGACUGACUCGUCAGCGAUAAAGUCACUACGAUGAAGUUCAGCGGUCUUCGACGCGUCCUCACCACUUCGGCCAUGAUCAUGGAGGUGGUGUUCUUACACGUUAGCCUUAUUUUCGCAGCGCGCCCCGUCGCUGGCCUCUCCGUGAGGGAAAAAAGUGGUACACGAGGACCACAGCAACAGAAAAAGCGCAGCAGGCUGGUUUCGAUGAAAACUACAUCAACAGCAGCCAAGAAGCACUACAAUCGUGCGAAGAGGCGCAUUAUCAAAUGUAAAAUUGUCUGGGUCUGGAAACUUGUGAUGCUGGGUGGCGUUUCAUGAUGAGGCCACAAAUGCUGGCUCAGCAUGACAAGUUUCUGAGCUUCUAGGUGUUGCCUAUUCUGCAUGACAAACUGCGUUUCUGCAUCACAGAAAAAUGGAGCUCUUGGGUAACGUGCAUGACAGAUUUAAGAGUCAUGCCAGACAAGCAUGACAAACAUGCACUCUUCCAGACCCAGACAUUUUUACAUUUGAUACACAUUCUCCGUGCUCCUGCAACAUCCACCUUGUCGUCUGAUAAAAAUGCUUCAGAUACUAGGUCUAGCUCUAGUAGUUCUUUUACUUCUUUGAACGUUAUUAAUAUGGCGAGCAAGGAUAUUAGAACGACGCAGUCUCCACCUCGCGCUCUCGUCGAGAACCAAGAGGGUUCUCCUCCUGUGCAGCCGCCCCCACCUUCUUCGCUCAGUUCCUCCUCGGAGCUUGACGCCCCGAGCACGAGCUUGACGCCGCUCAGCGGUGUCCUCACUGCCUCCAAUCAGGUGCCGGUGCAGGGCGCGUGCGAAAACUGUGUCGGCUGCGGGGGAGAUGAAGAAGAAGCGACGACUUCUGAGGAAAUUGGAAUUACGACUACCACGACGUCUACAACCACGGCAGAAGAUGAGGACGACGCCACGACAUCUUCAACGGAGGCGGCAACUACAUCAUCUCCACUGCAACCGCCCGCCCUUGCGCUGGAGUGGACCAUCGACGUCCGUUUAUCAAAAGGAAAAAUCUCCCCUCCCCAUAUCGAAAAGGCAUCCUUUUGAAAAUUUGUGAUGCUGAUUUGUGGUCACAAAUGAGGUCUGUGUUGCAAGAGAGCAAAGCCAGAGCUUUCGCCGCUUUACGCAGGCGAUUUGUAAUGCUGCUGCGCCAACAGGGUAGACGUCUGCCAUGCUGAGCGCCCACCUCUGGCCAGCCCCGUCUAGGCUUUGUAUCUGCCUGCAGUCCUAUACUGCAAGACAAAGCCGAUUUGUGUACACAAAUCCAGCAGCAGAAAUUUCCGUUGCAAUAUGGGGAGGGGGGAUGUUUCCUUUUGAUGCCGUUGCGUCAGCGAGGCCCAAGGUGGGUGUCCGGAAGAACCAACUACCGGCAGUAUCCUGUGUAAAAACGUCCCCACCCCAGAGUUGUCAUGCAGACUUGCAGUUACAGGAAGAUUUGUAAUGCGCAUCCCCAUAAGAGGCAUUUCCCAUCGUGUUUUGAACUUUGUAAUGCUGUAAACAGGACGACUAGAUGGAUUUGUGUUGCGGCUGUACUUGCUAAACUGCACUACACUACAGAGAGGAACUUGUCAUGCUUGACUCCCAAAACUUCUCGAUUUGUGUUGCGAGAUCCCCAUCUUGACUCUGCUAUGGGGACGUUUUUACUCAGGAUAGGCAGACCGAUGGACUGCUUUGAGCCGUGUGGGAUGCAGUUUCGCCUGGCCGGGACGGGGAGCCAGUGUGCGAACUGGUGCCUCGUCGGAGAAGAUGGAAAUGACGAACUGCCACAGGGUAUCAAAUGCAGAAGUGUCUGGGUCUGGAAGAACGGAGAUUUUUGCCAUGGUGUUUUUGCAUGACACAGAAGGUCUGGCAUGCACGCUUUAGCAUCACAGUUUUCGAGACGGUUCCGCAAUGCCUAAUCCGCAUGACAAAUCCCCCACUUUGGUGACAGGAAGUGGGCGGCUUUUGCUGCCUACGCAUGACAGAUUUCUGCGUGUUGUGAAAUGCGCAUCACAAGUUCGAAUCCCUCCAGACCCAGACAUUUUUGCAUUUGAUACAGGGCCUGGCGCCCGGGUCCUACAAGAGUGCGUGUUGCAAGUACGACCGGGAAACGGAAACCGUUCCCUACGCAUAUUACAGUGAAAAAUGCCCCCCACCCCUGAAAUUGCAUAAAAUUUGUGAUGCGAAGUUUCCAAAUGAAAACUUUUUGUCAUGCUCAUGCAUGAAAGAAGUAUGAAUCUUAUCUUUCGGAUGCAGAGUCUAGGCGUGUAUCGCAUCGCUUGCAUGACAAGGGCCACUCUUGCUGGCGUCUAUUGCAAUGCAAAUUUUUGCUAGUAUUCACGAUCGGAAAUCUGUGAUGCUGAUAGAUGCAAGAGGGCGAGUGUUUCAUUUGGAAAGGUUUGCAAUACAAAUGCUCCCUAGUUCGGGGGUGGGGGCAUUUUUCACUUUGAUAACGCCGACGCGGAAAAGUACCCCGAGUGCCAAGCGCUCACCAUCCCCGGGCUGCCGGUCGAGCAGACCGUCCCGGCAGAAGUGCUCGCGUACGGUGGAAACGAGACUUCUUUCCACUCUUGCGUCGCUUUGCCGGCCUGGGUUUUGAACAAGAAACACCCGCAGGCCUUCACGAAAAACCUGUUUGCCUCGGACACCACACCCCUCCCGCCGACCGCCAUCUCCUGCCUCCCCGGCUGCAACGGCACCCCGGGGAGCUGCGCGGCCUGCUACCCCGAGGGGACAACGCCCGCGGCGGGCACUGCGCAUGCUCAGUACGAGGCGGCCUGCUGCAAAAAGGGCGCACAACAAGCUGCUGACGUUUCAUCUGCUGCCAGUGAAGAAGUGGAUGUGUGUAGCCGUGCGUCAAUUUUCCCAUUGGCCGACCGGAUUUCCGACCCCGGGCAGUACCCGUUCGAGUGCGUGAUGGUAAAUUCAAACGGCGCAGAUUCAACCUUGUCCACAUCCACAACCUCUAGUACGACUUCUACCACCACCUGGCCGUUUGAAAAUCCGGAUUCCACCAACUACCGGUUGGCGCUCAGCUGCCCCGGCGACGAUCUAGACGCGUUUUUGGACUGUUUUGUCCCGUGGGACAAAGUCGGCGAUCCCACCGGCGGGGCCGUGGACUACAAGAAAGGGUGGGAGAUGAAGGACGACCUGAUUACGCUGCGAGACAAUCCGGAUGAAAAUGCGGUGAUGAAAAAACAAGUCAGUGUCGAUUUUCACAAGGGCAAGAUCACUACGCACGCGAACGACGACUGGAACAACCAUCGCCCCGCGAUUCGCAUGCACACCAAGUACGCGGUUGGGGCAGGCUCGCUGUUCGUGGUGGAUGUGGAGCGGAUCCCGACCAUCGAUGCCAGCUGGUCGGCCUACUGGACGGCCCACAAGGGCGGCAUCGUGCCGCUCGCGUGGGACACCGGAUUUCAGCCGGGUGACGGGUUUGGCCACAGUGGGUGGCCGGAAUCGGGCGAAUUCGACAUGAUGGAGCACCUAUCAAAUGCAAAAAUGGAUCUGGGUCUGGGUCUGGAGGGUUGGAACUUGUGAUGCUAACUUUGGACUCUAAAAAGAUCUGUAUUGCAUGACCAGCAAGAGGAGUCCAGUUUGUGCCACGCGGGGAGGGCGUUUGUCAUGCGGAGUAGGCAUCAGGAAGGGUUCUAAAAGUCUGUGAUGGUAGGGCAUGCAUCACACACAAUCCUGGGCCACGCGAAACAUGCAUGGCAAGUCUCAUAAUCUUCCAGACCCAGACACUUUUGCAUUUGAUAGCACCUGCACGGCUUCGUCAACACAGAAAUGAUCACCACCGUCCACAGCGGCGCCACCAGCUACAACAGCCACAGCUGCCAGGUGUGGCCCUCCCGCGGAGGGACUCUCGGGGAUUCCGAGCCGUCUUCUCAAGAAGUAACAGACGCGAACGAGGAGUGCAAGGCAAACCACCACGCGCUGUGGAACAUGACGGAAGGGUGUAAACUCCCGACGUUUCUUAUCAAAGUGAGAAAAGCCCCCACCCCAUACUCAAAAGACAACCUGUGUUGCUGUAUUUGUGUAAACAAAUGACCUUUGUAUUGCAGCAACAGCUUCAUCUUGUCGACAUAAUCUAAGCCCGUUUGGGUAAGUACGCGUCCGGCUAGCAGCUGAGCAUGAGAAACAAGUCAGACAUAGGCGCAAACGUAUGACAGACUGACUGUACCAUGCGCCACAUGGCUGCCGUUUGCCUUGUGCGCAAGACAAAGCUGAUUUGUGGUCACAAAUCAGCAUCACAGAUUCCUUUUCGAUAUGGGGAGAUUUUUCCUCACAAUAUUCCUGAAGGAGACCAGCUGCUACGGCAAUCUGGGCUGCGGCGCGUACGUCCGAGACGUGCCGAACGGCGUGCCAUUUAACAAGCAACGGGGGGGAAUCCAUUUAAUGCAAUUAGAAGAAGACGAAGUGAAGAAGUUUUACUUCAUACCCCGAAACGACGUGGACCCAGAGGUUUUCACCGAGGAAAAAACCAAGCAGGGCUGGUUUUGGACCGAAAAACUCCGACCCCUGACCCCCUACGUGGUGUUUCCCGUGAAUAAAAACAAAAACUGCAACGCGCAGCAACUGUUUCGCACGCAGACGCUGGUCCUGAAUACGGCGUUCUGCGGGGAGUGGGCGGGGUUUACGUACAACUGGGGUCCUCGAGAGAACGAUCAUCCCCCGGUUCCGUCAGAUCUCACUACAGAUGAGGCAAGAGAACACUGGAAGGCCACGAAGUGGCGGGAGAACUGCAAUGCUUUGAUGAAGGACGCUGCCUACGGCUAUAAGACCCAGGAGAGCAAAUUUGCGGACCUCGGGGAGGUUUUGUGGGACAGUGAGGAAGGGGAGCCAGACCAGGGGAUCGGGACGAAUUUCCUCUUCAACUCGAUCAAAAUCUUCUCGAAAAAGUGGACCUAUGCAUUGGAACAAUUUUUUCGUAAGGUGCUAGCGUACAAUACUUGACGUAAUUGUAAUCUAUCAGGCGUGCACAAACGUACUCGAAAUUUAUUGUGCAUGAAAGUCAUCUUGUCGCCUUGUUCUGCGCGAAAACUAUCAGCCGCGCGUACUACUAUCGUACUGUAUUCUGAAGUCCCAAGGAUGGAGAUCGUGAAGAUAGGAUUUAGGCGGGAAUUGUUGAGUUGGUUAUGUCCGCAUGAAAGGUGAAGAUGUUGGAAAAAAGAAACAGUGUGACGUCGCAAGAGCGACGAUUUCGAGCAAGUUUUGUUGUAUCGAUACAGUUGUAAUUGUAUCGAUCCAGGCAUUUAUUUGGUACGCUAGCCCUUCUGGUUAUUUUCCGUGUGAUAGAAUCGAGGGGGGUGGUUUGGGCGAAAGUUUCUACCACUGGGCGGACGACCGCAUGCUUGAUGGCAGCGAAGAGCCCCAGCGGGAUUGGAAAGACAAAUAUCCGGCGUUAUUUCCGGAUGGGGUCUGAGGGAAGACAGGUGUUGUUGAAGGGCCGAUAAAGAUACUUGAGCAGCUCGUCCACCUGCUAGUUUGGCCCUUGUUCAUCUCACCGCAUACUUCUUCUGUAGUUUUUCUUCUACCGCUGCCAGCUACUGCCAGAAAAGGACGUGGGUGAAUAAAGAAAAAAUCCCUAUUCCCCCAACAAGCAGUCUUUUUCAAUAGCUCGUUCGCUUCAUGUAUUCCUGUUUGCGAAGGGAGCUGAUGCAAUAAUUAUUAGCACUGGUAUAGAAGAAGUUAACAGAACCAAGCUUGUUCUUGAUCUGGUAGCCGACGAAAAAAUCAACAACAUCCAAGAAAUUUUUUAAUAAAUUUUCCGGGCGCUACAGGAACACCGACCUG